GGCAACUGGUACUUGCGAAAUGUCAUUACAAUCCACCGAAUCAAAUCAAUCGUUUACAUUCUUUCUUUGCAAGUAUUUUGUAAGAGAAUUCGUCAAAUCAGAUAAUGAUAGUGAAAAUCGCAGCUGUUUACGUUAGCUCGUGUGUAGACGAAGCAAACGUAAUCUAGUGUUUUAUAUGUUAACAUGAGUACUUCGGAAUUGGACAGCCGCAACAUCGCUAUUUCCAUGAGAAAAUCUGUUGAGAACUUGGUGAUAUCGUCUCAAGAUGCCAUUGGUCAGAGCAUCAGCCAAGCGCUCAGCUUCUCCGGUGUCAUCACUCAGCACACCAACCAGAUCAUUCAGGAGAACAGGAGUGUAUCCCGUUCACCCUCCCCUUCACUCAGGAACGCAGACGCUGGAAUAGACCUCUCUGACAAUGACAAGGUGUCAGAGCUGUCUAUACCGCUGCCGUCGCUCCCCGCGGCCGACGCGGUGUCAAUCUCCAGCAGCAGCGAAGCGGUCACAGCACUCACCAGAAAUGAUAAGGCGGGGGCGGGCCGCGGCGCGGACGGCCGCAAGAAGAAGAGCUGGUACAACUCCCUGUACCCGACCUACAAGAGCAAGUCCGACGACUUCAAGCGGCUGUUCAAGGACCUGCCCGACGACGAGAGGCUUAUCGUGGACUACUCGUGCGCGCUGCAGAAGGAUAUCCUGGCGCACGGGCGGCUGUACGCGAGCCAGAACUACCUGUGCUUCUACGCCAGCAUCUUCGGCUGGGAGACCAGCAUGGCGCUGCGCUGGAAGGACGUCACCGCCAUCACCAAGGAGAAGACCGCGCUGGUAAUACCGAACGCGAUCCUAGUGUGCACAGAGAGCGAGAAGAACUUCCUGACGUCAUUCUCAGGGAGGGACAAAGCCUACCUGAUGUUGUUCAGAAUUUGGCAGAACGCUCUCAUGGACCAGCCGAUGAGCAGUCAGCAGAUUUGGCAGUGGGUGCACAGGUGCUACGGCGAGGAGCUGGGGUUCAAUUCCGACGACGAGGGCUACUCGCGCGACUUAGCGGGGGACGCGCCGGCUCUCGCCGUCGACACCACUUCAGAGGACGUAUUGGACUCGUCGAUGGAGGCGAGCGCGGGCACGGACGCGCGGCCGGAGCGCCCUCGGGCUCCGCUGUUCCCGCGGGACUCCUCCCCGCCGCUCGUAACGAACGGAUCCGGGACGUACAGAGACGAGGAAGCAGGCGACACACUACCCACAGAUAUGUCGGACACCAGUGACAGCGACCCGGACAAACAUAACAACAGUGAGCAGCAGACGUGCACGUCGCCAUCGCACUCGGACGGCAAGCUGCUGCUGCAGCAGCAGUUCCCCUUCAACGUGGACACCAUGUUCACGAUGAUCUUCACCAGCUCCAAGUUCAACCUCGAGCUCCUGGCCGCGCGCGGCACCACCGACUACGUACAGGCGCCGUGGCAGCCGCAGGGCGGGCUGGAGUGCCGCCAGUGCAAGUACACGCUCAGUAUCGCGUCCGGGCCCAUCGGGCCCAAGGAGGUGCAGGUCACCGAGACCCAGGUAAUGAACAAGUGCUCGAAGCCCGGCGUGUUGUACUCGAUAGACUCGACGAGCGAGAACGCGGGCAUCCCGUACGCGGACUACUUCACUGUGCAGGUGCACUACUGUCUGCGGCGCGAGGCUGGCGCCAGCUCCAGCCUCGCCAUGUACGCGCACGUCCACUACAAGAAGACCAUGUGGCCGGUGAUCAAGAGUUUCCUAGAGAAAAACACGAUGUCUGGUCUGGAGGACUACGUGCGCCUGAUCGAGAGCCAACUGUCGGCGGAGGCCGCGGGCGCCGCAGCCGCCGCGCGCGCGGGGCGCCGUCGCAGGGGCGCCGGUCAGUGCGCGCGGGGGCGUCGCUCCACGUCGUCUUUAGAGAGCGGCGUCGCAGCGGCGGCGCCGCGCGCGGCGCUGCUGUCGCGGCGCGCGUCCGCCGCGCGCGCGCCCGCGCCGCGCCCCGCGCCCUCCGCGCUGCUGUUGUUGCUGCUGCUGCUGCUGCUGCUCAACGCCGUGCUCUACUGGCGGCUGUUCUGGGUCGACAGGCCCGUCUCCAGCGACGAUAUACAGCACAGGAUCAGUUCGCUGAGCGGCCAGCAGAUGGCGGAGUGGUCGAAGCUGCUGCAGCAACACACCGCGCGCCAGCACAAGCAGCUGGCGGCCUGGCAGGAGGCCAUACAUCGCUCGCUGCAGCAUCUACAACAGACGGAGGAGGACCUGAGGAAAUUACUAGAAACGAUAAAACCGUCGCUGGAGCGCGCGGCCGACGCUAAAGACGAGCUGUGAGUGACGAGGGUCUAUCGUGUAUUGAAGUGGUUGCGCGCGAUGUUAACAUGGUCUUAGUUCUCAUCGACAGAGAAUAUAGGCUUAUAUCCUUUAAUUCGCUCAUACAAAAGUGCGUAUUAGAAACACACGAGAAGAAACUGGACAGAACGAUAAUAUUUGUUGUCCCUCAACGUGUGCUCGGGCUAUAUAACAUAUAUUUCGUACAAAUGAUCGUGAUUUAUUGUUAUUUUUCUAUCUUUGUUUUCCCUUCCCACAUUUCAUUUUCUCCUUUUCCAGAUACCUUUAUUCAUCUUUUAACAUCACAAAACAUGAUUCUUCCAAUGUCACGCGCAACGCACUUCACAAAUAUUGUUUAAUUUUAUUGCUUCUUAAAAAUAGGAAAUGUUAAAUAUAGAAUAUAUUCAAGAAACUACAAUUUUGUAAUACUAUAUACUUGUUUUUUGCUUUUACAAUGCUACAAAAUUUAAGAAAUAUGAGUUUUCCCUGAUAUUUUAAGAAUUCUUUUUGGUGCCAUGUAAUUUCUAUAAUUUAAUGAAAUAUUCAGAUAUUCCCAUUAUUAUAGCAGCAAUAAAAUCUAAACGAAUUAUCAAUUAAAGUCUAAUAUCAAGUAUAAAUGUUAUGAAUUUAAGAUAUUUUAUCAUAUUUAUGUCUGCUAGGGGUUUUCAUAUGUUCUAUAAAUGUUGUUAUAAAAUCGUACAUAAUCGAGCCAGGGGAAACACCUAAAAAUAAUGUAAAAUAUUCAAAUGUUUUUCCAUUAUUUGGCAGCUAAUGUGUAUGUAAAGUUUUAGUACUAGCGAGUUGUAGUGUCGCAUCGAAUCGUUGCUAGCGAUGCGCAGUAGUGGCGUCUAGUACUAAUAACUCUCGUCUAGUAAUAAUAACAAUCAGUUUUCCCUAUCCGCCUGUACGAUUUAAUUGUAAUUGUUGUAUUUCACGUUUAAAUCGAGCACCAUAUUUAUCACACUUGAUGUUUAAGGGCCUAACUCUGAAGUUGUAGAUACCCAAACAAUGUCGCUCCGUGCACGACAAUUUCCUCUACAUCACUUACUGCACGGUUCAAACGGUUAAAAUUUCACAUUUUUUCUGCACAUAUUCGGUGUCCCGUGCACACCGAAUAUGGCUUAAAUAUAGCCUUAUGGCGUUGAUUCCAAUGGCCAAAAUAACUUGACAUUGACAGCUGUCAUGCAUCAACAGCGCCACAAUCGCAUGGACUCGGGUUCAUUCACUGGGUUGCCAGUUAUUAUAAAACUGAAGAGAACACUCGAAGAUUGUAUACUUCUAUUUUCUAUUUCCGCCCUCUUCAAAUACAUAACGUAUAUAUUGCUUUAAACAGUUCAACAGUCUUCUUUUCAGUUGUAUCUAUAACUUCAUCGGCGCGAUUCUGCACUGGGUUGCCAAUAUUUUCUUUUUAUAGAUAUUUAUGUUGCGGUUCUAUACUAGGAGCCUUGCCCCAUGCAAUGAAAACCUCACAGAUCCCUACUGUGAUACGUAUAGAUAAUUUUAAUUCCUAUAGUGAUGUUCGGUUAUAUGUGACGGUUAUAAGACGCCAAGCGUUCCUACGCUCCUUAAAGCUGAGUAACUGCCAACGCGUACGUUCAAAGCCUUAAAUUAAGUAUUCAAAGCGGGACUUUGUAAGAUAAUUAAGAUUUUAAUUAAUGAACUGACAUACAGGUCCAAAAUAUAAGUUUUGUUAGGGACAGAUAAGUACUUCAUCCUCUAAUUUUUACUUAUGGAACAUGUCAGUUUAGUUUGGUUAAACAAUAAUAAAUGUUGUUAUUUCAAUCUGUAUGUAUGUAAAACAUAUUUAAUAUUUAUUUAUUUCCGUGCAUAUUAGGCUUAUUUUAACGGAUACAUAAAAUGUAUGUACAGCAAAACUUAAUUUUAUAAAACAGCUUUACCAAAAAAAAUGUGAAUUAAAUUAGUAAUAUAAGAAAUACUGAAAAAUUCAUAGUAACUUGAAACGAUACUUCUGUUAUAUAUUUAUUUAUUUCUCAUUCAAGUAAUUUUGUCUCUAGAAUAUUUGGUAAUAAUUAGCUUGUAAGCGCGCCCAAUAUUGCAUUUUGAUCCUAAAGUUUAAAAAUAACUUUAUAAAAAACCACGCACACUGCGUUUCAUGAAUGUUCUGUACAUUCCAUUACUAUGCUUAAACGAAGCAAAAAAACAAUAAAAAAUUUGGUGAGCUGGUGCAAAUUAUCAGUUAAUAACAAAUGAGAGCCAAACGUAAUGAUAUUCAUACCUACAUGUAAGUUAGCAGUUAACAUAGUGACUUAAAACUUAGUGAUAUUUUUGAUGUGUAAUAAUAUAAACAAAGAAAUGACUGAACGCGUACAAUUUCAAGUGGCAUACUUUGGCAAUUUAUUAAAUUGAUAAUAUUUUUGUAUAUAGUUUAAGUCUACUGCAGAUUUUAAAUAUAUUUAACAUAGCCGCAACUCCCAAUUCUUUGUUUAUGUUAUUUAAUUAAUUUUAAGUCAAGCGCUCUUAUUUUCCAAAUCGUGGAUCGUUAUGAUCAGAAACUUAUUAAUGUAUCAAAACAGCAAUUCUGGAUAGUGAUCCAAGAGUGCUAAUUUUUAAAUCACAGAUACUUAAUUACGAAAAUACAAUAAUAUAAUUACCUACCACUUAUAAUUCGCAGAUUGUUGUACAACUAAUGUAAUUGUGGAACAAGUGUUUAAGAAUAUGUAUAGUAAUGUUAAAUUUCAGAGGUUUAUCCUAGACAAAUUAUAGUUUAGUAAGUAUAACUUUUUUUCUAUUCGCGGUGCUCCUGGUUUAUUUAAAUUGUAUUGAUACGUAUUAUUUUGUUUCACUUAUGCGAAACGAUAACGGCUCGAAAAUUGUAAAUACAUUAAUGUUUAUGUUUGGAAUUAUAUUUUAUUUUCCGACUUUUUUAAAUAAAAUUUAAUGUACCCGUAACAGUACUACAUGUUUCAAUAUUCGAACUUUUAUAGGUGUUUACAACUUACGUAUUCUUUUGAAUAUCACCAUAAAUAAUUAUAAUCAUGAUUAAUAUGCCUAAUAUUUUUUCAAUUUGCAACGUUGUAAACAAAAAUUCAUUCCAUAAAAUAUUGUAAUGAUCUGAGAGAACUUUUGUUAACAAAUAAUAAUUAUGAAAUAAGUGAUUGGACUGUAGUUUCCUAUUAGUUUUUAGACUGUGCAUGUCGUGGCUCCGCGGCGAGCGUGCACGAGAUUCCGUUAGUGUAAUUAUGAGUGUGCGUUCCAUUUUUCUGCAAAUGAAUAAAUCUUUUAAUGAAUUUA